AUGAGCAAGUUUUGUGACAAACUAGAAUCAAUAGUAGUUAUUGAUAGUGAUGACUCUGACCAUUGUGAAGAAAAAAACCUCAAACCUGAUACGUUGCUUAACCCUUCAAAAAACGUUGAGCCGCCUUUCCUGUGCUUAGUUUGUGGAGAUGACAUCUCGAUAUAUAGCUCUAAAGUGCGUGAAUGGCAUAUAAACACUUGUCUUGAUGCUUUUGAAAAUAAAGCGGAAGCAGUUGUCAAGACUAAAACGAUAGAGAAAACUACCACGACGGAAAAUUGCAUCGAUGAUUUGAUGAAUAAUAUGAAAAAGUUUUAUCUGUAUAGCUUAUCUCAUUUUCCCAACGAAUUGAACCUAGAAGACGACCCAUUAGAUGAAAGUCUAUCGGCCACAAAAUUAGAAAUUAUGAGAGAUUGCCGUCUCAAGGUAACGGAGGUGGAAAAAAACUUUAAGAAAGAUAUCUUUAUUAUGAUCAAAAGGCACAAAGACAAGAUACAAAGUUUAUUGGAUGAGCGAAACGUGAAAAUCGAGAACUUGUUAAAAUUUAAAGACAAAAAAUGUUCCAGCGACAUAAAUUUUUCAACAGAAAAAAUUAAGGUUCACGAAAGAUAUCGCCCUCUCUCCGUAAUUCCAAAUAGACAGUUUGCUUCUCAAAGUAAUGACAUUCAAAGUUGCCUGUCACCUGAACGGAAGGAUACCUUAGACGAUAAUGAGUCUUUGAUAUCACCGAAUAACAUUUGUUGGAGUAAAGGUUGUAAUGUAUCCGAUAGUAGAGAGCCGAUUGAUCUUAGAACACCAGAAAACCACGACCACUUAACUGUUAUGACACUGGGAAAAAGUAUUAAUGAUUUAAAGAUUGAUAAGGAGCCAUUUUUGGUGAAAUCCAUAUCCCCAAUGCAUAUUGUAAAUGAUAAAGAUCCAGAUAAUUAUUUUAAUGGUGAUGGAAUUCUAGCAUAUUCUCCGUUAUGCAAAACACCGUCAUUAAAGUCGAAAGAAAACGAUGUUAUUGUGAUUGACUCAACAGAAACAUCACCUGCAAGCAAUAUUAGCACCCACGUACUCCCGAAAACAAUCAAGUCAAUCGAUCGCAAGGAGGCCGAACAAACAAUUAAGACGAAAAAAAUGCCAAAUUUUCAACGGAUGACCGUGGAAGUUGCAAAAUAUGGAAUCCGCCCUUCUGGAAAAGAUGUAAUGAUUCGUCAAUUAGUUCAUAUUUGGAACAAGAUGAAUCAAGACGAAUCCAAAGCUCCUGAUCCAAGCUCUAAAGACGUCAUGUUGAACCUUGCUUCUAGCACCUCUACCAGUAAUCUUGCUGCAAAUGAGAACUUGAUGAACAACUUUGAAAAGGGAACGACCGAUAGCAGUGAGAGCGAAGAUAACGCCAGUAAUGUGUAUGCAAAUUAUUAUGAAGAAAAAUACAUCGAAACAACAACGGAUUUACCCUUAUUCGAACAGUUAAAUAAUUAUAUUAAGGAGAAUCAUGAGUUACAUCGCAAUAUUCUUUGUUAUGAAUUUAUAGAGCUUGACGAACUGUUAAAAGAAGUCACAGAAGCAGGUAUUCAAUGCACUGAACGGCAACUGCAAUGUUUCUUUGAUAAUAAGGGUAUUCUAAAUCACUCAAUGCGAAAAACUGAGCAGUGGCGUAAAAAGAAAAACCGCGAAGUCACAAAAGCAAAAUCAAAUUCGCGAAGAAAGGCUGGCUAG